UCUUUCUGCCGCGACCUAUGACACCGGAAGAUAAAGUUUCCUCUUCCGGAAAUUGCAGCCGUGCAGGAGUUAACAUACAUAUCUAUGGGAAUGGCACAAACUGCAAGCUGAAGACACUACGUUUGCUUGUCGCUCUCCGUGGUUUAACUGUCACAGAGAAGAGCCAAGAGGACAUACGCCUAUUUCACCCAGAAAAGUUUCUCCUGCUUGCAAGGCACUGGACACGCAACCGUUGAGCAUUUGCCACACAAGCUACCAAGCUGGUGUGUGUAUUUCUGCUCGCUCGGGUGAUUAGUUAAGGCGAUGGAUCAGAACAACAGCAUACCAGCCUUUCAGGGGCUGGCCUCCCCUCAGGGUGCCAUGACACCAGGAAUGCCAAUCUUCAGUCCCAUGAUGCCAUAUGGUUCAGGCCUGACACCUCAACCUGUUCAGAACACAAACAGUUUGUCUAUACUGGAGGAACAGCAGCGACAGCAACAACAGGCGCAACAAGCACAGCAGGCAAAUGCAGGCCUUCCAGGAACGUCGGGGCAGACUCCUCAACUCUUCCAUUCCCAGGCAGUCACAGGUUCAACUACCACAGCACUGCCAGGGAACACCCCACUCUACAACACCCCACUGACCCCCAUGACCCCCAUCACACCAGCCACGCCAGCCUCUGAGAGCUCCGGAAUAGUUCCACAGCUACAAAAUAUCGUGUCAACUGUAAAUCUAGGCUGUAAACUGGAUUUGAAGACCAUUGCAUUGCGAGCCAGGAAUGCAGAAUACAACCCAAAGCGUUUUGCUGCAGUUAUCAUGAGAAUACGAGAACCCCGCACCACAGCUCUUAUUUUUAGCUCUGGGAAGAUGGUCUGCACAGGAGCAAAGAGUGAGGAGCAGUCACGGUUAGCGGCCAGGAAAUAUGCUCGUGUGGUGCAAAAGCUCGGUUUUCCUGCCAAGUUUUUGGACUUCAAGAUACAGAAUAUGGUGGGCAGUUGUGACGUGAAGUUCCCCAUUCGUCUGGAAGGCUUAGUACUCACGCAUCAACAGUUCAGCAGCUAUGAACCUGAGCUGUUUCCAGGGUUGAUUUAUAGAAUGAUCAAACCGAGAAUUGUCUUGCUCAUCUUUGUUUCUGGAAAGGUCGUAUUAACAGGUGCAAAGGUGAGAGAGGAAAUCAACGAAGCAUUUGGGAACAUCUACCCCAUCCUAAAAGGUUUCCGUAAGACGACGUAGAACCUCAAGCGCCUUCUUCCUCAACUAUUCUUCUGACCUGGCCCUCUACCAGUUAACUGCAGUUAGUACGGUUGGGCAAGAUUGUGACUUUUAUUAUUUAUUUUAUUUUUUUAUAAUUCUAUUUCCAAAUAUGUUCCUGUGAUAAUUUCCAAAUAACUGUUUUUAUUAUAGAUGUCCCCACUUAUAUCCACCAGUUUUAAAGAUUUUUCCAAACCCUUGUACAUAAGUCUGAAAGAAAAUGUAAUUUUUAUUUUGUCUUCAAGCAGUUUUAAAUAGUUUUAUACAUUGCUUUUUGUAAUAAGGUAAAAAGUAAAGUAAUUUCUUUGCCUCCUUUUUAUGCUUAUGUUUCAGGUUAUGAUGUAUAGUUUGGAUAAGUCCUAUAAAAUUGUUCAUUAUGUAUCAAUAGUUAUUUAACCACAACCACCACAAGUUACAAUUUAAAUGGUUGAACUGUUGUUUUUUUUUUAUUUUUAUUUUUUUUAAUUAAUUAAUUCUUAUGAUUGAUCAUCUGGUGGUUAAGGUGAUGUACAGAGACCUUUUCAGGUAGCCUGUUCCUGUAUUGUCUAAAAUCACCUAUUUCUUUCUUGGUCUAUUUUAAGACUGAUUGGUAGGCAGCCUCUCAAACACUCGUACAGUAUAUUAUACCGUGAAUAGUGUGCCUACACUUCAUGUGAGCACCCUCUCUCAAAAUGUUAGCAGUUAAUGGUGUCAAUUUGCUCUUAACAUGUUUCGAAAAUGUUAAUGCUUCAUUUUAAAUAAAAACUGUACUAUUGAAAUUUGUAAAUUACAAUAAAUCUGUACAUACUGA